AUGUUCGCCUUUCGAAAUUCAACUCAAAAAAGGCGAAUAUUUUUAGAAGUAUGGGGUGCACAAGGAGGUAAAUCGACAGCAUACUCUUAUUGUACCGCCAAUGGUGGCUUUGGAGGCUAUUCCUCCGGAGUUAACAAAGUAUUUAAUGAUAAAACAAUUUAUCUCCAUUUGGGAGGAACCAUUCAAUUAUCAGAAGACGAUCAAAAAACAAUAUAUAACGGAGGUGGUUAUCGCGAAAAUAUAAGAGAUGCUCCAGGAGGCGGGGCAAGCGAUUUUCGAACAAGCCCUGGCAAUUGGAAUGUAUCAUUUGAGUCAAGAAUUAUAAUUGCUGGCGGGGGAGGGGGUUCUGGAUGUUAUUUAGAACAUAAUCCUGCAGGAGGGAAUGGUGGUGGAAUUAAUGGAACAACAGACUCUACAAAAACCGCAUGUUAUGGCACUCAAACUGGAAACGAUGGAAUUUCAGGAAGACGAGGAAGUUUAGGUAAGGGCUAUGGAGGUUAUUUUGGCAGUGGAGGAGGGAGGAGUAUGGAGGAGGUGCAGGCAAUCAAUAUGGUGGCGGUGGUGGUGGAUCUGGAUCGAUUGAUAAAGUGA